AUAAACUUCACUCGAAAAACCAUUUUAUAGGAGUGGUUGUCAAAUAUAAUUCAGUGUAAUUUGAAGCCAGUGACUCAAUAUUUUUUUUUAUUUUAUUACCAUUUAACAUUAAAGAAAAAUUUGAAAUUUUUUAAACUAACUUAUUUACAUUAGUUAAUAGAAAAUCAUGACGUCUGGAGAUUUCGGAAAUCCAUUAAGGAAAUUUAAAUUAGUUUUCUUGGGUGAACAAAGCGUUGGCAAAACAUCGUUGAUAACCCGAUUCAUGUAUGAUAGCUUUGACAAUACGUAUCAGGCUACAAUCGGUAUAGAUUUUCUUUCAAAAACUAUGUACUUAGAAGAUCGCACUGUAAGAUUACAAUUAUGGGACACUGCAGGUCAAGAAAGAUUUCGUUCAUUAAUUCCUUCAUACAUUCGUGAUUCAACUGUAGCUGUGGUCGUUUAUGACAUUACAAAUGCCAAUUCAUACCAUCAAACAUCUAAGUGGAUUGAUGAUGUUAGAACUGAACGUGGUAGUGAUGUUAUCAUUAUGUUAGUUGGUAAUAAAACUGAUUUAUCAGAUAAGCGUCAAGUUUCGACUGAAGAAGGUGAGAGGAAGGCUAAAGAAUUAAACGUUAUGUUCAUAGAAACCAGUGCGAAAGCUGGAUAUAAUGUUAAACAAUUAUUUAGAAGAGUAGCAGCAGCUUUACCUGGAAUGGAUUCUACAGAAAACAAACCGCCAGAAGACAUGCAAGAAGUUAUUUUAAAAGAUACAUCUUAUGAAACAAAGGAUCCAGAGGGAGGCUGUGCAUGCUAGAAGUGAUUAUUGAAAUUUGAAUGAAAAUGAAGGAAUUAUGCGGAUCAAAUAAAAAAAUGUCCAAACAUAGUUGAUCAUUGAAAACAAAAUUUCUUAAUCUUAGCAAUAAUGUACACUAAUUUUAGUAUGUGGUUAUUUAAUGAAAAAAAAAAACGUAAAAUAAAUUUGUAAUAGGAAUUUUCGUUUCACAAUUUGUAUAUUCUUAAAUUUUUACGUGAGUUCUAUAUGUUUUUCAAUUCUAUUAUGGUUGUAUAAAGCCGGAUAUUUUACUUAAAAUUUUUUCAUCAUACUUUAUAUUACUUUAUUUGUAAUUCAAAAAAUUUUACAAUACGAGUAUUAUAUUAUAUAUUAGUAUUAAUUAAAAAAAAAGUAUGAUAGUAAAGACAAUUACAUUUCAAUUAAAAUCAAAAGACAGUUGUAAAACUAAACACAAUCAUAAUAGAAAUUAAAAUUUCCAAAUUAUUUCAAAUAAUAACACCCAUUAGAAUCAAACUGCAUUUUAAAAGUUAUAUAAAACAUAAUUACUUAUUAUAAUUUUAGUUAAAUAUAAGGUUAACAAUUUUAUUUAUAUUAUUAUAACAAUAAAAAGUUUAUUUUCU